CGAGAGAGUUAACGGCGUGGGGAAAGUCGCCGCUCCUCCGCCCGUGCCUGGCUCCUGGCAACCGGGACGCCGCGCAUGUAGGGUCGCCGGGGGCUGCCGGCGCCGCCGCCGUCCCCCGCCCCGGACAACGUGCCCAGGCGUGAAGUAUGGCAAGCAAAGAUGGUUUCUGCCAAGGAGCCAGCCAUCACCAUGUCCUCGGGUCUCUCCAUCGCCCUUCUGCACUGCCUGUGCCUGGCGACGUGUCUCACCGGGCCGCCGGGACAGAGCAAAAAAGAGGAGAAAUUGUGGCCGGAAAAUUUCACCAGCAUCCUCAACAGUCUCCUGGAUGGCUAUGACAACCGCCUGCGACCGGGAUUCGGGGGUCCUGUUACUGAAGUCAAAACAGAUAUAUAUGUCACCAGUUUUGGACCUGUUUCUGAUGUAGAAAUGGAGUAUACAAUGGAUGUCUUCUUCCGUCAGACAUGGGUAGACAAAAGAUUAAAAUAUGAUGGCCCUAUUGAAAUUUUAAGACUUAACAACUUGAUGGUCUCGAAGGUGUGGACUCCUGACACUUUCUUCAGGAAUGGGAAAAAGUCUGUUGCACAUAACAUGACGGCUCCAAAUAAACUCUUCAGAAUAAUGAGGAAUGGCACCAUCCUGUAUACAAUGAGGCUUACAAUAAGUGCAGAGUGUCCCAUGAGAUUAGUGGAUUUUCCCAUGGAUGGUCAUGCUUGUCCUCUCAAAUUUGGGAGUUAUGCAUAUCCAAAGAGUGAAAUGAUUUAUACCUGGACAAAAGGACCUGAGAAGUCAGUGGAAGUUCCUGAGGAGUCUUCCAGUUUAGUUCAGUAUGACCUGCUAGGGCAUACGGUAUCCAGUGAAACCAUUAAAUCUAUUACAGGUGAAUAUAUUGUUAUGACAGUUUACUUCCACCUCAGGCGGAAAAUGGGUUAUUUUAUGAUUCAGACAUAUAUCCCAUGCAUUAUGACUGUGAUCCUUUCUCAAGUUUCCUUUUGGAUAAAUAAGGAAUCUGUACCAGCUAGAACUGUAUUUGGAAUAACCACAGUGUUGACAAUGACGACACUGAGCAUCAGUGCAAGACACUCACUGCCGAAAGUAUCCUAUGCUACUGCCAUGGACUGGUUCAUAGCGGUCUGCUUUGCCUUUGUGUUUUCUGCUCUUAUUGAGUUUGCUGCUGUCAACUAUUUUACUAAUAUUCAAAUGGAAAGAGCCAAAAGGAAGACAGUAAAAUCCCUCCUUGAAUUUCCAGUUGCUCCAAUACAAAGAGAAAAAAGUACAGAAGAGACACAUACGAGUACAGAUGCCAAUUCAAAUGUGAGGAAAAGAACGAAUGCCGCAGUACAGUCAGAAGCUGAUGGUGGGAGUCGAAUUGACACAAGGCACAGCUCUAUCCAGCCUCCCUCUGUAGCUCAGGGGUCUUCUGACAUUACACCCCACUCCCUUUCUGCAUCAAGUCCCAACCCUUUCACACGCAUUAAUGCAUCAGAGACAUUAUCUUCUGCAAGAGCUACCCCUCCAGCUCCUCCUUCUACCCCAAUUUUAACUGGAUUUGUAUCCCAGCAUGCCACAGUUGGAUCCCCUUCCAUUCAGCACUUGCUUGGAUCUAGACUGGAGCAGAUUCAGACCACCACACCUCAUACAUUAGGAGCAUCUGCAAAACCAUCUGCUGUCACACCACCUGUUCCCCCUGCCUCUCAUUCUGGCACUAGUAAGAUAGACAAAUACGCACGAAUUUUGUUUCCUGUUACCUUUGGAGCAUUUAACAUGGUCUACUGGGUGGUGUAUCUAUCCAAGGAUACCAUGGAAAAAUCAGAAAGUCUAAUGUAGUUUUGCUGCUAUGUAGUAGUUCCUAAAUUAUACUCACAUUUGAUGCAGAGUUUCUUCUUUUGAAACUAUUUAAAAAGUCAAUAAUUCUUAUUUAUAAAAGCUGUGUGCUACUUUCCCAUUGUAAAGGCUGGAGUUCUUGGGGAUAAUGAGGUAAUUCCUAAUAAUAGGUAACAGUUGUCUUCCUCCCUUCAGCUGGGAGUGAAUCAUCACUCUUCAUAUAGACUACUUGCCUUUGGGAGGAACAUGCACACGGAAAAAAUCAAAGAUGGAGGUGCAUAAGUGUGCAGUGGAACUCAUCUCCACUGCUAAGAAUUAUGCAUGUUGAUUAUCAUGGAUCCUUGAGGCACCUAGCACUGUUGUCUGGACGCAGCAUUGCAUUUCUUGAUUGUAAGGCCCAUGUCCUGAAUAUUUUGACAGUACCUGCUAGAAAAGAACUUUUUGUGCUAGGCUAAAAUUGGCAGAAUGGGAGGAAAAUGAGCAAGGGAAAAAGAAAAUAGAGUCCAGCCUGGGAAAGUGCAACUCCAGAAGAGUUAUGCAAAGGAGUUAUAGAGCUCCAUAUAUUUUUACGAAGCAUUAUUUUGCAUUGCAACCUUGGAAAUAAUCACUUCAAAAUAAGAACAAAUGAAACUUAUAAAAUAUGAAAUCUGAUGUAGUUCUCAAAAUUGGAAUUUUUUUUUUGGUAAGGUGAUCUUAAAUGUGAUUCUUCUUAGACCUUGCUGACCAGCUUGAGUGGAUUUAUUCCUAAAUUACAUCUCUUGUGGUAGAACGGGACCAGGCCCACAGUGUUCAAGUUUUUGAAUUCUUUGUUCUUUUGGAUGCUUUUGUAUUUGUUAGUUGUUGUUUUGUUUUGUUUGUUUUCCAUAUUUUUCAGUCACACACCUCUGACUUCCUUUGAACACAUAUUUUUCUCCCUCUUUUAUUAUAUAAUGUUUAAGUCAAGUUAAAUUUUCAACAAAUUUUGAAGUGGCUUCAAAAUCAAGGAAAACACAUUUUCCUGUGCUUUGGUAUGUGUGGCUGUGGCACAACUUUGAGUGAAUAUGAGACACCCUUUUGUGAAGGAAAACUGACACAAAUACAAAAAACACGUUUCUAGGUGAAGCAGGUGAAACACAAGGUAUAUUUAUGAUCCAUUAGUUUCUCUUACACUGUGGUUCUUACCUUAGUGGUUCAAUGUACAAACAGACAACUACCUUCAUUUAAAAAAAAAAAAAAGUGAACAGUUUAAGCCUGACAAAAAUCUUAUCAACAGUGUUCUUUUCACCUGUAUGAGUGGAGGAUAUGUUGGCAAUCAGUCUGAAGAUUUUUUCACAGAUCCAUCUGGCUAGGCAAAUGGUUAGCAUUUCUGUGCAGGCGACAAGUGAAAAUCAAAGGCCAUAUUCUCAGCUGUGAUCUGGCUGUAUUUUUAAAGGGUUGGGAAGAAACUGAUUCUCCUUUGCCUGGUUUAAUCAUUAGCUACAGAUAACUGACAUGGCAGAUUGGUAGCCCAUUGUCAAAGUUCUAUGCUGGGGCCAUUGAGGUGGGUGUUUGGGGUUCUCUGCUCAAGUAAUGAUAAAGUGACUGAGAGUCUGAUGGAAACCACAAGCAGCUGGGGUAAUCAAGACAACCCUCCACAGAACUGGGAUGAGAAUCAGUGUACAGUGAUCAUAUAUCUCUAUCAAUCCAAAUGAUGUAGCUAUUUUGCAGCUGAGAAUCUGAUCUGCUAGGUUACAGGACCCUGGAGACUGUAAGAGAUGUGUAAUACAGCAUGUAGUAUGGAUUCUAGGUUGCUAUUUCAUAUAUAACAUUGGAACGUACGUGGUAGGAUGCAUAGGAUUUGGAAUGUCUUACAUGUCUUUAUCAAGAUGUAAUAGCAUAAGCAGUUACUUUACUCUUUUUUUGUUCACUUAAGUGAUGUUCUCAAGAAGGUAGGCAAAGUCCUCACCUUUUGUAUCUAGAAUAAGCCUGAGAUUACAGUGCUCCUUAGAAAACCAUUACACAUUCCAAAACACAGGAUUGGAAAUGGAGCACACAUGCAGGUCAUUGAGCUGCAGAAGUUUGCAUCUUCAGAUGUACAACUGGGAGCUGUGGCUGUUCUUCCCUAAUUUAGUCACAUUACUGCAGGUUGUCUGAGUAGCAGAUACUCUACAACAGAGACCAUUUGUUUAUGACUGGAAAAAAAAAAAAAAACUAAUCCUCUGGCAAUUGCUGAUCAUAAUUACACAAAGGAUUAUUUUUUUUCUAGUGUGAAGAACAAUGACUUUAUAUGUGUUAAGAACCUAAUGUUUGAUCCAAAAGUUACUGAAAUUACCCUUUGCUUUUCUCUCUGAUGAAAAAUGAGGAUGUUUUCUCUCAGACUCUAAAUGAUUCACUCAAAACAGCUGUCUCUUCCUUUCCACCCAUCCCUCUGUACUGCUCAUAUAAUCAGCCUUUUUUCAUGGAUUGUUUGGUAGUAUCAACACUGGUUCAGGCUGUUUAGCCAAGGUUGAAGUAAAUGUGCUAUUUGGAUCCACUUGUAGGUCCUGUUUCAUUUUAAAGACUUCUAAGAAGGAGAACACAAUUGCAGUAAUUAUUUGAAUUCAUAAUACUAAUUUAUAUGCUUCCCUGUUACGAGAAAUUUUUCAUAAUAUCUAAGACCAAAUACAUUUUUAACCCAUCAGUCAGUUCCUGAAUAACCUUCCAAUGCUUGCAUGUUUAUAUUCAAAAUGAAAUAUAAAAAAAAUCUCAUUAUGAGCCUAGGACUAAUUUAUUGUACUGUGCUACAUUAUUGUGUUAGAGCAUAUGAAGAAAUUACCAUAACUAGCUUUUCAGAGUACAUAAGAGCAGUGUAAAUAGGGAGUUUUUCAUCAUAUUUAAUCUUCUUGCAGAGUGAUCAGAAACAGAAAACAGCUUGCAGUAUACUCAGAAAUACUGGCAGGUUCUGAAUGCUGUGCAAUUUAGAAGCAUGAAAAAAAAAAGCAGGAAUGUACUUAAUAUAGAGGGUCAAAUGUUCAAUACUGCUAAAUAAAAUCCAGAGGGAGAAUGUUGCAUGUGUCAUUUCAGUGCCCACAUAGGUCUCUAGGGCUGAUUUUGAGUGUAAUAAACUUUACAGGAAUUGUGGUGGUUUUUUUUUUUUUUUUUUUUUUUUUAUAUUGGCUUUGUUAAGCAUCUUUCUUGACAGUAACGUAGUCAUUUAGAACUAACCAACCACUUCAGUCAUCUUUAUUGCCAGGAAAGAAGUGUAUAAAGAGACAAAAAACCUUACCAGCAAGCAGAGAUCAAUCCCACUAACUGCUGUUUCCUCGGAGACAUUGUUACCAAUAGCAAAACUCCCACAGAUUUCAGUGAUGCAGCCCCAACCAGUAAUGGAGUCAUGAGAAAACCAGUUAAAAGCUCAGUUCAGGAAGAUUGCCUUCAUACGCAUUGAAGCGUGUUUGGUAGUCAAUUGUGAGGUCAACUUGGCAAGGUCACAUUUAUAUUGGCUCACUAUUAAGAGAUUUCACUGCAAUUACUAGAAUAAUGAAGACACAAACCUAGAACCGAGUUCUGCAUGGUGAUUUGAGCUCUUAGAGUUCAACAUCUGAACUGGAGUCUGGCUUUUCUCCUACAGAAUGAAAUUGUCUCCAUCAACUGGUUAUCAGUGGCACGUUUCUGAGACACUCUGGGUUUCUUUUCCUGCAUGAUUUUUAGGAAAAAAAACAAACAGGUUUUGUAAACUGUUAAGUAAUUCAGUCUACAUUACCUUGCAAUUGAACAAGCAGAUCAUAUGAUAAUUGAAUGAAAGAGGCAAAUAAUUUAUUUAAUGUGCCUAAAGCUUUUUGUUUAACAGGAACUAAAAUUUAUUGAUUACAGGGAGUUCAAAUGCAAGCUUGGGCAUCUCAUCAUUUUCAUUACUUAGGAUAGGCUUUGAAAAAAAGCUGGGAAAUCUUUUAACCAAGGAUUUAACCAGUGUUUCUGGAGAAAAAUGAAUGUAUUCAUCUUUUGAAUAUGUGUAGAAUUCUGUUUUCUUCUGUUUUCUUACAUACCUCCUGCAUGCCAUUCUGAUGCAGUGCACCUUAUGAUGUAUAGAAUCAUAGAUACUAUACUUGAUCUUAGCCAAAAGGCUAAGAGGUAGUGAAGAGACUGCACCAUGUAAGAAUAUCAGAAUCCACAGUGUAUAUUUAUUCAGAUCCUAACAUUACCAUCUUCCCUGUGCUAUUGGAGGUGGAGGGAACUUCCAUUAAAGUGGAUAAUUGUUCUGUGGCUAACACUGUUACAAUUACAAAACAGAUAUCUGAAAAAUAUUGUUCUUGGAUUUAUUUAAUCCUAAAGUUAAAAUGGCAGAUUAAGAAAAUGACAAAUGCAUUGCUGGGAAGCCUGGGUGAAGUAUGAUGUUUAACGAUGAUGUGGAUAAAACCAGGUAUUGGAGAACUGCAGAUACAUGUGGCAGUAAGUUUGCAUGAUGUCAUGGGAAGUGAGGAGAAUGGGAGGUGUUUCUCUGGAUGGUUUGAUGAACAUAAAGCAAAAGGGCUUAAAGUUGGUAAACUUAGUGCAAAUCCAAUGGUUAAAUGGACAUAUGGGUAUCGUUAUUAAAAACAAAAACAAGAAUGAAGUCUAGGAAAGAAGCAACCAGUUAGGUGAUGACAGCCUCUUUGUCUUUCCCAAAUGUAUUAUUUUUUUUUUUAUUUUUCUAAGACCUGAUAUUUUUUUCACAGUGUGAAUCCAAAGUAAGUUACUUAUGUUUAGAUUGCUGUCAGGAAAUGUGCUAACAUCAGUGUGGGGCUUUUUAUCAACUUAAGUACACUUCAAACAGGAAGUUCUGCUGGUUCUCCUGGAGGGAAAAGUGUAUCAUUUUGGAAGAGUCUGAUACACACUAAUUCUUCUGAGUCUUCACUAAGUCUUCAUUUGUAGGUCUGUACUCAGAAGCAAGUUGUAGCAUUUUUGGAGAAUGUGACCAUGGUGUGCAGUUUCAGCAUGUUCUGCAUUCAUCAGAUAUUGAAAGUAAAUUUUUGGCACAUUCCAAGCAAGUGUGAGUAGCGUGAAGUGCAGAGAAUUCAGAAAAGAUCUCUCUUUGCUAAUGUUAUUUACUGUUUUCUUAACUAGAGGGAACAAAAAAUGCAAUUCUUCUAAAAUCAGCAGAACUUGUGAAACAUACUUUGUGUUCACAUGGAUUAGAAAAUGUGGUAGGUACUGUUUUCAGAAUUGAUUAGUUUUAUAUUCUAGUCUGCAACUGAAUGCAUCUACGGAUCUCUCUUACAUUAUCUUAUUCUUUUUAUAUUACUCUGCUAGAGAGGACUUACUUCAAAGCAAGCCAGUUACUAUCCACUGCAGCUCACUAAGUUUUCUGGUCAGAAUUCUGUUUUCAUUGUUUUGUGCAAGAGAAACCAAGAGCAUCAUGGCAUUUUUUGAAAUAAAAAUAACUAGGGAAAAAGAAAAGCCUUGGAGAUUCCCUUUUUAGGAGAACAACCAAACUCCCACCAGCCAUUGAAUGAUCUCUUCAAAUAGCAACAUAAUUUUAGCAUUUAAAAAUACUACUGUGAUCACAUCCUGUAUACGUAUUUAUAAUAAUAUUCAGAUCUCUGAAUUGUGAGGGAAGCAGGCUCCAAAUGCACUUGCAAGCAGUCUUACUUCAAAAGACUGUCUUUCUGGAUGCAAAACACCGUGUGAGGUAUGUAUGUAUUUAUUUAUUUAUUUAAAUCUUAAUAUCUCCAAUUUUCAAAAAAAAUAUCCAGAGGAAAAAAAAUACUGUGUUUCUGAAUUAACCCUCAACUAGCACAGAAACCUGGGUUAUCUCCUGUUGUUGGUCUUGCUGCUGUUGAUCUAUUUCAGCAUUUGCUGUGUGUUUUAGUGAAUAUUGUAUCCAUGUUGAAGUAAGCGAUGUUAACCGGCAUAGCAUUCUACAGAUGGUCUGUUGGCAUAAAGAAGAUAAAUAAUCUUAUUUGUGAAUAUGUUUUCAUCCUUGGAAAAAACUUAGACGGAGAUUGGUAGAAGAAGCAGGUGACUGUAUGAAGCACUCAGCUGGACUUCUGAGUUAAAUGCAUUGCAAAAUUAAACUGAGUACUGACUUGUUUUGCCUCGAAAUCUUGUGCUGGUGUCUCAUCUCCAUGGUAAGUAAAUAUGCACAAGUAUGGAGCACUUGGAAACCAGGAAUAUGUACACGUAUGUAUUUACAAUUCUUUCAAAAUAUGAGAUAGUUUAAAGCUCCUCGCUGUACAAUAAUUUCAUAGUCUGUUUUACAGUUGUAAGCUUGAAAACGAAGCUGCUAGACUUUGCGAGGUUAUUAAAUAAAUCAUUUUGUACUUCAAGUAAACAUUUUUUUGUACAUUCAUGUAUUUCAUAUUUUAUCAAUUUAUGGCAAUGUUUUCUGGCACCAGACCUGUUGUGGAGGUUUGAAGAAUUUUGAAUAGCCAUAGUUCCCAUAGAAUUAUAUUAUAGCAUCCUUUUGCAACCAGUGGGUGCCUUUGCAAAUCAAUACCGGAAGCAAUCAUGAUGAAAAUGAAUCUACAUUUGCCUAAUCCAAUCUUUGAGAGUGUGAGCUAUAUUUGAAGGGACCGUGGAUGGGAGCUGGCUUAUGUUCUGCCAGCCUCUGAAGCACUCUGCACCAGACAGACCACAUUAUGCAUUACAUUGUUAGGACCAUUAUUACUCCAUCAUAAAACUGUAUUACUGCUAAAGGUAGUGCUCCUGCCUUAUUGCUUUGUGUUGGGAGACAAACCCAUGUGGUGAUGGUGAUCUGGCUGAAAUAACUUGUCUAGCUAAAUGCAAGUUAGUCUUUUGGCUGAGUUAGCACCCAGCUGGAUCAGUUUUCUGAUCUGGCUCACUGUUGGUAGUGAUGCUACAAAGGAGGUGGUGAGAAGGUUGGGAUUGAUGUGAUUUCACAACAACUUUAAUCCAGCCCAAAACAACUGGAGGAUUCUUAUUCUGACUCCACUGGCUUUAAAGGAGAGGCUUCUCACAGUCUUUCUGGAACCUCAGUUGCCCCAUGUGGUCACUUUUACUGCCUCAAAGGUGGUUUUGUCAGUUUAGUCAGUGACAAAUAGUGGACAAAAAAAAAUACAAAAAGGCUAGGAUUUACGAAAGAGCUUAAGUUAUUUGAGGCAAGAGAAAAGAGAGAGAAAGGAAAACAUCAGUAAAGAUGAAAAAUUUAGUUACCUUCUACCAAGCAGUUAUUUUAAGGUAUGUCCUAUUAGAGGUACUAGAGCAGCAUCUGGCAGGAAACAGCCUAGAAAUAAUUAUUUCUUCAUUAUGAGCAUAAUGAGAAAGUAAUAAAGAAAAGAAGUUGUUAAUGUUCUCUUAGAAACAUUUAUGUUCCAUUGCAGUUGUUUUCAUUAAAAAGGCUAUUUUCGUAGUCAUCGAGGAAGAAUUAAGAGGCAGAAUGCUAAAGGAAAAAGAUUGAGUUUUAAGUAUCACUGUUUCUCUCUGAUUUAGAGAAUUUCUUUGCCAAAAAUGCAAACAGUAACAUUCUUUAUCUUUCAGGGACUCUAUAUAUUUCAUUUUCAGUAAUGAAGCACUUUGGAACUUUUAGCAUUUAAGUUGCUAUAUGUUUAAGAGACAAAUAGAGGGAUUGCUGUCUCUGGUUUAGCUCAGUUAUAGGAGGAGGGAAAAAAAAUAGCAACAGAAGCUUUCUUUACAAUGUCAGCCAGUUUUUUGAACUAUCAUACCUGCCUAUAAAAUCUGAAGACUUCAUUCUUGUACCUAGAUUCAUGGGAGCUUUAUAGCACCAGGCCUUUCUCUGGUCAGUAAUCCGGUCAGUACAACAGUUUUUGGGGUGCAGCUGCAUUUGAACGUCUACAGUCUUGGCACUUGCACAGCAUGGAUCCUGUAAAAGGAAAAGAUGAGUUAGUAGCACACUGGCUGCAUGAGACCUCUCAUUGCUGAUGCUGAAGAAGGUAGGAACCAAUGAUCAGAAACAGGAGAUGAAAGGAUGGUGAGCUUCCAUUUUUCAGAGAGGGUGCAGAUCUUCUACUGGCUUAACCCACUUAUGAAAUGCCCCUUAAAUUUCUUCCCAACUGGGAGGCUUCAAUGCAAGCUGUGUGUUAUAUGGAAUUCAACACCAGUUGCAAAUGCUGCCUGAGGACUGGCACACUUAAUCUGUCCUAAGGCUUCUUAUGCUGUGGCUGGAAGAUGAGAAAGAUUAGAGCUAGCAGUAACUGCCAGCUGGGACGCAUCCAUGUUGCUGUGCAUCCAAGCUGUACCAUGGUGAAUCAGGGCCCCCAGAGUACUGUGGGUGGGAUAGAAAAUGCUUUCUUGGAGUACAAAAUAGGUCAGACUGGAGCUGAAGAAACCUCCUUCAGCUCAGCACUGCUGCUACUGGCUAUAACAGCACUGAACAUCCCAAAAGAGGAUCAAGGUUUACUGCACUUGGGUUUUCUCCUUGGACAUCUUCUAAUUGCUCUUAUAUGGGGACUAGUAGGACAGACUAUAUGCAUGGUAAUGAAACUGAGCAUGUUGCUGCUUGGUAAAUAUCCAUGGUCUCUUUGGUUGUUUUCCUAGUUCUACAGUGGUUAAAAAAAAAAAAAAAAAAGGGUCCAGCCACACAAGAUCUGCUCCUGAAGCCCAUGCUAGCAGCCUGUGGUCUUUGCCAGAAGCAAAACAACAUCUCUGAUUUUUGCAGAUAUAGUUACUAUGCCCCUAUGAAUUGUUCUGCUGUAACUUAAACAUUGCAAAGGGUGCUUUCUCUUUGACUCUUACUUCUCCAUUACGUCAUGUAUUUGUGAAGAAAAUAACCAAGCUCAGUUCCCUUACUUUCCCUCAUCCACACUAACUUCUAUUCUCAUUUAUAUUAAAAAAAAAAAAAGGGUGGCUUCCUCACCUCACUAUACAUCCGUUCAGCAGAAGGUAUCCUGGUUCUGGGUAGGAAUGGCUGAGCCUGGAGACUUAGGCAUUUUGCUGAGGUAAGAUAUGAGAGUUAUUAAGAGCUGCUCAUUAGCUAUUUAAAAAACACUAAAUGUAUGAUCUCUGAACACAUGCUUCAGCGUGUCCUACUCCUUUUUGCACUGUUUUUUUUUAAGUAAUUUUAAAUAAUUUAUAUUUAAUUUAUUUUAUUGUAUUGUCAUUAAGCUACUCUAUUCCUCUCUCUGUUGACAAAUGGAGAAAUGCUGAUUAGAAACUCAGCAGGCAGUAUCAGUAACCACUGGCUUUGGCUUGUAGCAGUAAAAAUUAUACAAUGUGGUGAAAGGUAUGUGGUAACACUGCUGUUGCCAAGACCCUUCAUUUGGAAGUAUCCAGAGUGUAGCUUCAUUAGCAAAGACACAGAGCAAUGACAGUAUGUGAACAGUCUUGCUGCAGGCACAGUAUUUACUUGGUGAUAAAUAAAUCAUCCAUGUUAUAGUUGACUCAGUGUAUGAUACAGUUCCUGUGUUUCUCCUCACCUUUAUCUACACCUAACAAGUAACACAGACCAUCUUUUCUCUUGAAUUGUCAGAUCAUGGUGCUCAGAGAGGUACUAAUUUCUGUGAUGGUGGCUAAUUCAAAGUGUAAUGGCUGUGCCAGCUGAGGGACCAAAAGAAAAGAGCAAUUUCUGUUGUGGAUACAGCAGCUGCAAUACCUGUGUGUCUUUUUUAAUUUGGAAAUGAAAAAAAACUCAGCAAAACAAAACCAGGAAAAAGUUAAUAUUCACAGGUUUUUUAAUUAAUCAUAAUCUUUUCCUGUGAAGUCCUGUCCAUUGCAACAAAAGCAUUUGGGUUUAAGCUUAGACCACUGUAAGAAAUACUCCCAGUUAAAAAGAUGCAGCUUUUUGAAGUAUUUUAGCCCUUCUUUUCCAUAAAAGUUGUGGCAAGCAGAAAGUAAUGCACUGAACCAACAUGGUGGAAACACCUCUUUAACACGCUCUUAGGGAAGACCCUAAUCUCCCAACUUGUCUCUCAAGAAUUUACUAUUUCUGCAAUAUGUGAAUGUCCUAGAUGCAUGCUGCGAGAGUUUGUGCCAUGGCAAAUUCUGAUGUGUAUCCCUUUGUAAUGACUCAUACAUGGGCAAAAACGGAAAGGAAAUCAAAGCAAGAGAAGUCUUGAGGUUGAAUUCUUUUACAUUAUUUUUCACACACAUUUUUGUUGCACGGAACAAUGUGGCUGGAAGACUGGAAGAAUCAGAGGUUAACUAAAUUUUUUGAAUGCAUAUAUUCAGUGCUGGUCACCUGACUAUACUAACAAACUGAAAAGGUGGUUUGAUAGCUGUCAACUUGUUUUGCUAUUGUGCAGCUUAACUGUUUCCUUCCUGUAUAAUUAACAUCUAUGUAUUUGGAAAAUAAAUCCAUCUUGCAAGAAAAAUUGUGCAAAAAUUGUUCAUAUUAUACUCCAGUGUAUAUUGCAGAUGUCAAAUAAAAUACAAUUGUGAGAGUUCUUAAA